AUGUCAUUCAACGAAAAGGAGGUUGGAGAGAUUGCUGAUAUAAUUAGCGAUCUCAGUAGUUCUUCUCAGCCAAACAUUAGUGAAAGCAGUAGCCAAGAAACUAAAGCUGCAGGGAAGAAAUUAUUAGAGCUGGAUGGAGAGAUCGGUGUCUUAAAAAGUCAAUUGUUUGUCCCCAUGACAAACUUUGCUGUGAGAUGUACAGGUUACGUGGUCGAUGAUUCCUCGUUGACAGUCGCUCGUGGAUUUUUGUUCAGG